GAUAUUUCCGGAAGAGCUUUACAAUGGCUAACUCUCGCGAAAUCAAGUAAAUGUCCCGUAAAUAGCUGUUAUUUGACAGAUCGCCGGGUGAGUUUUAAUUCCAAAAGUGUUUGUACAUCGACUGCAACAUGUCCAACAGAACAGCUUACUUCUACGACCCGGAUGUGGGUAAUUUUCAUUACGGCGCUGGCCACCCGAUGAAGCCCCAUCGCUUGUCUCUGACACACAGCCUGGUCCUGCACUAUGGACUAUACAAGAAGAUGAUGGUGUUUAAACCCUACAAAGCAUCUCAACACGACAUGUGCAGGUUCCACUCUGAGGACUACAUUGAUUUCCUCCAGAAAGUCAGCCCCAAUAACAUGCAGGGCUUCACAAAGAGUCUGAACGCAUUCAACGUCGGAGAUGACUGUCCCGUUUUUCCUGGAUUAUUUGAGUUCUGUUCACGGUACACUGGCGCUAGUCUGCAAGGCGCAACUCAACUGAACCACAAGAUCUGUGACAUCGCCAUCAACUGGGCGGGGGGGCUGCAUCACGCCAAGAAGUUCGAGGCUAGCGGCUUCUGCUACGUAAACGACAUCGUCAUCAGCAUUCUAGAACUCCUCAAAUACCACCCGCGUGUUCUAUACAUCGACAUCGAUAUUCACCAUGGCGACGGAGUACAGGAGGCGUUCUACCUGACGGACCGCGUGAUGACCGUAUCCUUCCACAAGUACGGGAACUACUUCUUCCCGGGGACGGGGGACAUGUACGAGGUCGGGGCGGAGAGCGGCAGGUACUACUGCCUGAACGUACCGCUACGGGACGGCAUCGACGACCAGAGUUACCGACAACUCUUCCAGCCUGUUAUCAAACAGGUGGUUGAUUUCUACCAGCCCACCUGUAUUGUGCUGCAGUGCGGUGCGGACUCGCUGGGUUGCGAUCGUCUCGGCUGCUUCAACUUGAGCAUCAGAGGUCACGGAGAGUGUGUGGAGUUCGUCAAGAGCUUCGGCAUCGCACUCCUGGUGCUGGGAGGAGGCGGCUAUACGGUGCGUAACGUGGCGCGCUGCUGGACCUAUGAGACGUCUCUCCUGGUCCACGAGCCAAUCAGCGAUGAGCUUCCGUAUUCCGAGUAUUUUGAAUAUUUCGCUCCCGACUUCACGCUGCACCCCGACGUCUCAACCAGAAUCGAGAACCAAAACUCACGCCAGUACCUGGAACAGAUCCGCCAGACGGUCUUCGAGAACCUGAAGAUGCUAAACCACGCCCCCUCGGUGCAGAUCCACGACGUCCCCUCGGACCUGCUGAGUUAUGAACGGUGCGACGAGGCGGACGGCGACGAGAGGGGCGGAGACGAACAUUACACGCGACCCGACGCCAAUAACGAGUUUUACGACGGAGAUCAUGACAACGACAAGGAGAGCGAUGUGGAGAUAUGACACACACACACACACACACACACAUCUACACACACACACACACACACACACACACACACACACACACACACACACACACACACACACACACACACACACACACACACACACACACACACACAUCUGUACACACACACCUACCUUCCUAUCUCUCUAUACACACACCUAAACCUCCAGACAUGACCGAUGAAAGGAUCACAAAACAUUACAACUGUUUAAAGCGAACACGACUUACUGGGGACCGCUUGACUUACUGAGGACCGCUUGACUUACUGAGGACCGCUUGACUAAUGAGGACCGCUUGACUUACUGAGGACCGCUUGACUAAUGAGGACCGCUUGACUUACUG